AUGAUGAUGAGCAACAAAGACGAGGAGAAAAAAUACCAAAAUAUUAUUACAGAUAAGUUAAGGGAACUUCUAGGUGAAUAUGAAGUGGAUAUAUUGACUGAGUACGUUUGGCACAUGGCUGGGAAUGCCAAAAGUAGCCGGGAGUUUAUGUGUAACGAGCUGAAGGAUUUCCUGGGAGACCACACCACCGUCUUUGUCAACUGGCUGAUGAAGCUCAUGGGUGACAUAAAAAAACCGUUAAAGAGUGACAGCUCCCCGAAGAAUGAGAAAUCGUAUAAAUCCGAGAGUGCCAAGGAUAGGCAUCACGGCGAGGCUUCUCGGUCCAACAGGAGCAGAGAAUCCAAAUCAAGACAUUCCGUCACUCAAGGAAGGAGAACGAAGGACCACCAAAGGGAUUACGACUCCAGCAGGAGAGACACUUCCAUUACGAGGAGGCGAUCCAGAAGUUACCGAAGCAGAAGUAGAAGCAGCAGGUACUCGCUCAACGAUGCAGAUUCGUUUAACAGAAGGAGAAGCAAGAAAAGGCAAAGGGGAGGAAUAGGCACAAGAUCGGCAUCCUCCAGUGUAAACGCGAGGAAAUUUCACUACGACAGCAAUAGGCCUAGAUCCAAGAGAGGAGACAAAGAAAUGGAUCGAAUGAAAGGAAGGGACGAUAUGAAGUACAGGAGGGUCGGCAGAAGUGGCAGUCACUCGAUGGCCCCGAGUAGAGUGAUCUACGUGGAAAAGGAGGAAGAGAAAAAACUGAGGAAGGUUGAGGCACUGCAGGACGGUGCCCAGAAAAGGAAUGAUCUGGAAGGCAGACGAAUGAGCGACAGCGCGGAUGAGUACAACGCCAGCGAAAAGAAGAAUAAGGCCGUGCUAAAACCCAAUCCCCAGUUCGGAGGAGACAAACCGAUUCCGUUUUUGCAGCCAUCCGCGACGAGCAUGGCGAACCACGACAUGCCCAACUACCGCAUGAACUACCCCUACGAGAACGUCGGCGCGCAGCCCAGUUACGAAAAAGGAAUGAACCCAACAGGGGCGAAUUACCACCCGGGAAAUUACAUGUUAAAUCAGCAGAAGCUAAUGGAUAGCAGCACCAUGAGUGGUAACACCUUCAUGCCUCCCGCCAUGCUCAAUAAUAGCUUCGUCAAUAAUAGGCACCCGAACAGUGGCCUGCACCACCCCAACCGAAUGCACUUUAAUGCGCACAUGAAUAAAAAGGGUCCCCCUCCCCCAGCGAGUUAUGUGAAUCCUAACAGCGCGAUGAAUCCCAGGAAUCACCAGCACAAUAUGUUUUUCACAAAUAACAUGACGAAGAAUAAUUACAAUGAGAAGAUGCCGAACCCGACUCCACCCCCUCCUUCGUAUAACCCCCCCCUACCGAAUGCGCAGAUGGAUAGGGCCCCAAAUGACCCAGCUGCUGUGAAGGAAGAUGGCCAGCCGUUCGCUGCAGCGCAGCAAAGGGGAGGGCCAGCAGAAACAGCGGUUCAGGGGGUUGGCGACGGCGGCGCGAAUUCGAGUGGGCUAGUGAAUGCAGAUGCUCCCCAGGGACCCAACCCGGACGACCCAGCGGAUGCCAAGAACACCGUUGCGAAGAUUCCGAAGAAGUGCCUCUUCCUGCCGAACUGCCAGUAUGGAGACAAGUGCCGCUACAUUCACCCCGUGGAGAACUGCCGCAACUGGCCGUACUGCGCCUUCGGAUCGGAGUGCAUCUACAUUCACCCCAAUGUGCCCUGCAAGUUUGGUUUGUACUGCGCCAACUACUACUGCAACUACUCGCACGACCACGUGGAUACAGCGAACCUGCCCGAAGUUGGCAUGAACGGGUACUUCCUCAACAAAAAAUUAAUAAAUAACAACGACAAGGGGAAUAACAGCGGCGCGAAUUUUGAUGAUAAGGUAGCCCAGAUUUCCAUCAGCAUGCCGAAGACCCCACCAGAAAUGAAGAAGGACAAUAGAACAAAAAAUGGCUACAGUGAAAAUGAGUACCUGCAGAGUAUGCUGGAUGUAGAGGGGCAAGGAUUGAAUCAGGAUAAUAUGACACUCGAACGUGGUGGUGAACCGAAUGGGAAUAACCAUUUGGGGGAGGCAACUGGAGGGCAGACCUUGGGAGAGGAACAGGGUGUUCUUCACCCCGCAAAUGCUGGGGCGAAAGAUUGUGGCCCACUGGAUAACGCGGGAGGAGAAUCCUAUGGGCAUCAACUGGCAGAAGACCCAAGCGCGAAUGCGACAAGUGAAAAGGGGCCCCUCGAUUACAACUGUUUCGACAUUGUAGUUAACCCGGACGGUGUAGCAGGGGCAGCAGCGGAAGCAGAAGCGGAAGCCGCAUUUGCCGCAUCCGCAGGAGGGGGGGAACAGCAAGAAGGGGCCAUAAACCCACCGGAGGAUAAUUAA